CUGUCUUCACUGCAGGUCUGCAUUUCCACAUUGAGGGUGUUAAUUAAUCUAGAUACAUUCCGAGCUUUGAAAAAGUCCAGUGAGGUUUAGUUAGUUUACAAUGUGGGCAAAACGAGUACGAAUCGUCCGUAAUGAAAUCACUAACCUUAGCAUAAUACUCUUCAUACGUGUUCGUCUGUGAAAAACGUCAAAUAUUGAUAUCUUAAAAUCACUACAGGGCGGCAACAAGGAAGCAGAGGACACUUCCCAAGUCCCCCCACAAGACACCAUGGCCUGUCUUAGUUUCGCAGGUCAGGUGUGGAAUCGCGUGGAGAAGACGUGUCACCACCUGCCCAUUGUUCUGAACACCGUGCUUGUGUUUUCCAUCACGGCAGAAGUAAGCUACCUGGUGUUGGACGAAGCGCCGCUCCAACUGGACCAGAAGAAGACCCAGUGGUCUACUGUGUGGAAGACCGUGCACCUCCUCGCGCAGUACUUCAUGUUGGGCAACAUCACAUGGAACGCUUCGCUGUUUCUGAAAACGAAUCCCUCGAUCCGUGGAGUGUUUCUGGGUUCAGAAGCCAUGGCGCAAGGCUGGAGGUACUGCUACACAUGCGAGACCUACACCCCUCCGCGGUGCUCCCACUGCUACGACUGCAAAGUGUGUGUUCUGAGACGAGAUCACCACUGUGUGUUCUUCGGCCAGUGUGUCGGUCACCGCAACUACCGCUACUUCAUCAGCUGCCUGCUGUUCAUGUGGAGCGGCCUGCUGUAUGCUGUGGUGAUGAAUGCUGAGGUGUUCAUCAUUAUUCUGAAGGAGGGCGUUACAUUACACAGCAUCCUGCUCCUACUCAUGCCCUGGAUCAUGCUUGUCUCAGGUCAGGUGACAGCGCGGGCCUUUGCCUUUGCGUUCAUUGCCGACACCUGCGUGUUGGGCUUCUUGCUGGUGGCAGCCUUCCUCUUCUUCCACCUCUUCCUCCUGCUGCGAGGCCAGACCACCAGAGAGUGGUACUCCAUCCGCAGGCCCUACAACCUGGGUGUCCUGGGCAACUUGCGGCACGGCCUGGGUGCCCGCUGGUACGUCUGCUGGCUCUGCCCCCUCAUCCCAUCCCCGCUGCCUGGGGACGGCAUCCACUUCCAAGUCACUGGAUCGCUUGAGCCAGAGCCCAACCGGUCACGGUAAUCCCAGUGACACCGGGUUUGCUCUAGCCGUGCGGGAGGGUAACAGCAGCUGGCAGGGCAUCGCACUGAACGGAUGAUCGGGGAGGAGACCUGCAGGGGGAGGUGGACUGAACUGUAAACGUGCCUCUUCUCCACUAUCCAGCUCCUCACCCAUGCUUGGUAAUUGACUGAGUGAAGCUGCUGUUGUAACUGAAGGUCGCUCUUUAGUACUUUUAAACCUAUCCUGUGCCAUGCAGCUAGAUAACGAAGGCUUUUAUUGUCUUAACUCCCCUGGGAAGGUACAAGACAGGAUCAUUCUAAUUAUCAUGACGUCAUGGGACAUGCAGACCACUGACAUGUGAGAGCUCUAAACAUUUUGAUGAAUUGUGAAAUAAAGUUUUUUGCUGAUA